GCUUCAUCAUCACAUUUAACACACCCACCCAGAUUCCCCACAUGCUACAAGAGGCUCUUUCUUCCCUCCUCCAGCUGUAGUCUUUUAGACGCUGGCCGAGCCCGCUACCUGCGCACAUCGCUCCUCUGCUUGUUUUCCUGUCUUCAAAACAGAAGAACGCCUGCAGGACUGCAGCAACGAAAGCGAAAGAAGCGCGCAUUUCCGGGGAUUUUCCCUACAAAACUCUGAAACGUGACGAGCAGCACUUCUUGUUAUUUUUCUUUUAUUUUGAUUGUGAGCCGCUCUCUCUGGCUUGGAUCGAGGUUGCGCGCAGUCGGAUCUCUUGGGAACGUGGACGCACAGCCGGUGGUGGGUCCGGAUCUCUCCUCUGCGUGAUUUCGGCGGCAAAAGAGGAUGAGGCUUGCGCAAACCGCUGGUUGGUCUGGACCAGCUCGACCUGUUUUACCUGGACUCUCUCGGGUGACUUUGCGCCUUUAAGAUCUGAGACUGAAGCAGCCGCUGAUCGCGCAGGACUCUGAUGUUAGAAACCCAAAGGCUGAACGCUGAAUCCUUACUCAAGACUGCAAGUGAGGAUGGGUCCUUCCUGUUUAAUGUGUACUUCAUUAGACUGGUGUCCAGUCUGAUAAACAUCAUCAGCGAUGUGGUCAGCCUGUUCCUCUGCGUUCUGAUCGUUUGCAGCAAAUACUCUCAUCUGCUCAAAAGGGAGACCAUGAAGAUGAUCCUGCUGCGCAGAUUCCGGGUUCUGAUCCUCAUGGUGUUCCUCAUCGCGUGCUCCAUGCACAUCAUGAUAGACCUUCUACCCAAGCUGGAGAGCCACGGCAACAGCGGCUGCUCCUGCCCCCACACGCCGAGCGAGCAGCCCCAGAGCUGGGGUAAGCAGGGCUGGCCUAACAAGCACACCCUCCGGAUCCUCCAGGACUUCAGCAGCGAUCCCGGAUCCAAUGUGUCCUCCCACUCCCUGGAAAGGAGCCCCGUUACAGUGGACAGGGCGCAGGCGCUCGGUGGGAUGGAGCAGCGCGCGGACAGGAAGAGACAGUUCAUCCAUGACGCGACACGGUCCAAGCCGACCAAGGGGUCAAGGUUGUCGGUUCUGUUUGAGCAUCCCCUAUACAAAAAGUCCCCGCCGCCUCUGACGGACGAGGACACGCUGUUCACCGUGAACACGGACAUCAGAUUUGACCCCAAAGCGGCGGAAGACGAGGCAUGGAUGGGGGAGGGCACUGUGGAUGAGUCCAGCCCAGCGGGGGAGCUGAAGGCCGAGUCCUACCCCAACUGGCUCCGCUUCCACAUUGGGAUUAAUCGAUACGAGCUGUACUCCAGACACAACCUGGUCAUCAAUGCUCUCCUGAAGGACCUGGUGACCCAGCGAAUCACCAGCGUGGCGAUGAAGUCUGGAGGCACUCAGCUGAAGCUCAUCAUGACCUUCCAGAACUACGGACAGGCUCUGUUUAAACCCAUGAAGCGGACCCGAGAUCAGGAAACCCCGCCUGACUUCUUCUACUUCUCCGACUUUGAAAGACACAACUCAGAGAUUGCAGCCUUUCAUCUGGACAAGAUCCUGGACUUCCGUCGUGUCCCUCCUAUAGCCGGCAGGCUGGUCAACAUGACAAAGGAGAUCAGAGACGUCACACGGGACAAAAAGCUCUGGAGGACCUUUUUCAUUUCACCAGCCAACAACGUGUGUUUCUACGGCGAGUGUACGUACUACUGCUCUACUGAGCAUGCUCUGUGUGGGAAACCAGACCAGAUUGAAGGCUCUGUGGCGGCCUUCCUCCCAGACCUGGCCCUCGCCAAGCGCAAGACCUGGAAGAACCCAUGGAGGCGCUCUUAUCACAAACGCAAGAAGGCAGAGUGGGAGGUGGACCCUGACUACUGCGAGGAGGUGAAGCAGACACCUCCGUAUGACCGCGGGAGACGACUGCUGGACAUCAUGGACAUGACCAUCUUUGACUUCCUCAUGGGAAACAUGGACCGUCACCAUUAUGAGACGUUUGAGAAAUUUGGAAAUGAGACCUUCGUCCUCCAUCUGGACAACGGCAGAGGAUUUGGGAGACACUCUCAUGAUGAGAUGUCCAUCCUGGUGCCUCUGACUCAGUGCUGCAGAGUGAGGAAGUCGACCCACCUGCGCCUGCAGCUGCUAGCGAAGGAGGAGUAUAAGCUGUCUGUGCUGAUGGCAGAGUCCAUGGAGAGGGACCGCCUCACCCCCAUCCUCAUCCAGCCACACCUGGACGCCUUGGACCGACGGCUGCACCUGACUUUGAAUGUUCUGUCUGAGUGCAUCGAGAAGGAGGGUUACAGCUCCGUGGUGGAGGACGACCUCCAGGAGAACCCAGAAACAGACCACGCCCACACCGGCUCCAGGCAGAGGUAGCCAGGGGGCGUGGCUGACUGCAGGACGGACGCUGGACCCAUCUGAUCUGGACUCUAAAACGGACAAAGAUCUGUGCUGAACUUCUUUGACCACCCAGCGCUGAGGUGGAAGCCCUCCUGCAGAAGUGGGUGCAGGACAAACUGUGCAGUGAUCCAGCUGCACUUUGUAUCACCUAGACUCCUUAAAGUGCACAACCCUGGGUGUAGAGUAGGAUAGCAUCACCUCGGAGGACCCGGCUCAAACAGUUAAAGUCUUGUAAGAGACGUCUUCUCGGUUAAGGACCCUUUUGUUUGAAUUCAGUGAAUUCUGAGGGCCUUGAGUCUCCUCCUGAUCAGAAUUCUGUGUUUCUACUUAUCGUUAGCGAUGCAAGUGUUCUGGCUGAGUGUUCACUGGAGAGGAGAACAUGUUUCCUUCCCCUAAACUUCCUGUUGCAUUAUUUUUUUUUUCUUUGUUUGUUUCUGCUGAGCUGUUUCAGCUCAUGUUCGGUUUUGUCAGAAGGAUGUUUUUGAUCGGAGUACAGGUUUACUCCUCCUUAAUUAUUUUCCCUGAGAAUAUUUAUUAAAAAUCCUAUUUAUUAUUUGAAAUGAGUGCUAAUAAUGAGAAAAUUGUUUUAAUCAAACAGCUGUACUUCCUGAUUUCUCCACAAGAGGGCAAACUGAGCAUGUGCAGACAUCUCGGCCCUUUAAAAACAACCUAACCUGUAAUAAUAAUCAUAAUAAUAAUAAUAAUUUAAAAAACAAUGAAUGGCCUCAACAAUCACCACUUCCUGUUUUCAUGUUCCCUUCAGUGCAACAGAACCGAGGUACCAAAAAGCCAAAUGUGACACUAAUUAUUUUCUAUUUUUCUUGCUUUCUAAUGUAUUUGAUGUCCAAAUGUUGCUGUUGUGGAGAGAUUUAUUUUUUAGGAUGUAUAAUUCAUUCAUCUGCUCAGCUGCUGAUGAUUCAGUGACUGGCUGAAAGUUAAUAUAUACAGUAGAAAAAUCUAGUGCCUGUGCAAUGAUAGAAAUACUUGAAUGUCUGGUUUCAUAGCGGAAAAGGGUGCAAGCUAAGCUGUAGAUUUAAAGAUGUCUCUGUAUGUGUACGUGCUGACUCAUGGGGUUUCUAACUGUAGUCCUGUCUGUGUCAGGGCAGUCACGGAUGUGUGGGUGAAUCCAUGCACAACCAAAAGGCUUCUUCUUCCUUUGGGCUUAUUUUACUUUCUUUUGAUUAUUCGACUCAUUCUUUCUGUGGGUUUGAAGUUUUUAUUUCUUUGAAUCAUGGUAAUCGUGCAAUAAAACUAAAUAAUCAGCA